AGGUACAUACAUACCUAACCUAGUACAGUACUAGGUACUAGGUAUCAGGGCUCCAUUGAAUUUUUUGGUGCGGCUCAAGCUAGACGGAUCUGAUCUAAAGAUUCAUUCAUUUGUUCCCCUUCCUUAAUCAGGAGGACAUGUUUACUACACGCCUAAUAUAUUAAAAAAACAAAAAGGACAGUCCUAGACGAAUUCAGGAAGGGAUUGAGUGGUUGAUUAAUCAAUUGGCUGGCGAACGACCCUCAAAAUGGUGCGCGUAAAGCCUCUUCUCAGACCGCAGCAACUGCGCACCGCUCUAGCGCCUAUGACCUGCCGCUCCGCAUUCCUCCAGCCGUCCACACAACCGAUCCGAGCAGCCUCCUCCGCAGCAGCCACCCCACCAGCGCCCGCAUCCUCCCGGAUCCCCGAGAUACCGCGGCCCACACCCUUCAUCCCCGAUGUCCAGACCUUCCUCACCGUCAUCGGCCGCGGCCUAAGCCAGCACGUCUCCAAGUUCCCCACGUGGGAGGCGCUGUUCUCCCUCUCGUCCGAGCAGCUGCGCGAGCUCGGCAUCGAGCCGCCCCGGACACGGCGCUACCUCAUACAAUGGCGUCAGCGGUUCCGGCGGGGUCAGUUCGGUAUCGGCGGCGACUUGCAGCACGUCGUGGACGGGAAGGCGGACCUCAAGGUCCUGGAGUCGUAUAGGGACGUCGCCAAGCCGCACAAGUACGUGGUGAACGUGCCGCAGGGAAAGCGCCUCAAGGAGUGCGGCCUCGAGGAGAUAUCCAGGGUGAACGGGUACAAGGUCCAGGGCGCCAAGACAAUAGUAGGCCCUUAUGCGCUUCCGCUACAAGGAGGCGAGGGCGUCCGAGUCUCCAUUACCGAGGGCAUGUGGGAGGACCGCCGCGGCCACAAGAUCGACGGUGGUGAGAGAAGGCAGACCGAGAUUCGCUACAAGAAGCGUGUCGCCGAGCGCCGGGAGAUGCGGGAACGGGGCGAGCUGUAGAAGAAGAAGCUGCCCAGGCAAGCCUUACUGUAACUCUACUUGUCCAUAUACCAGAAGCGCAGAGUUCUGCACAUAUCCUACAUCAACUUAAAAAAAAUUUAAAGUAAAAUCCCUGU